AUGGAGCAAAAAAUAGUUAUCAAGGUGCAAAUGAACAGUGAUAAAUGCAGAACCAAGGCCAUGAAGAUUGCCGCAACAACAGAUGGUGUGAGCUCGGUGGCAAUCCAAGGGUCAGAAAACGAUCAGUUGGUGGUGAGUGGCGAAGGUGUUGACUCGGCUAACUUGACCCGCUCGCUAAGGAAGAAGCUUUGCUAUGCCACCAUAUUGAGCGUGGAAGAAGUGAAGAAAAAAGCAGACACUUCAAAAGAGACGACGGGUGCUUCAGCAAGUGUUGUCAGCUUUUCACAGUUUCCUGCGUAUUAUCAACCAUUUCCCAACUACUAUCAUCAAGUCAUCGACGAUCCCUAUCCAAAUAACUGCGCCAUCAUGUGA